GCGGCCCGCGGCGGCCCGGAGGCCGCGCUGGGCUCGGCGGCGGAGCUACCGCUGAUGAAGCUACCGCCGGCCGCCGACCUGGAGCAGCUGCUGAUCCAGGGGGGCGCGGGGCUGGGGGCCGGUAGCCCGGGGCCGGCGGCAGCCGGGGCGGGGAGCGGCGGGGCAGCGGCGGCGGGGCCGUUCCUCUACCGGCAGCCGGUGACGCAGGAGCAGGAGGGUUUCGCCGACGGUUUCGUUAAGGCCCUGGCUGACUUGCACAAGCAAAACCAGCUCCUGGCGGCGCCGCCGCCGCCGCUCUCCACGCCGGGACCCUGCUGCACCGCCCGCCCGGGGCCGCCGGGAGCUCCCGCCGCCGACCCGCCGGCCGUCUACACCAACUUGAGCGGCUUCAACCCCGCGGGGCCGCUGAGCCCCUCGGGCAGCGCCUACCCCGCCGCCUCCGCCCCGCCGCCGCCGCCGGGCCUGGCCUUCGGGGCGGCGGGUCUGGGGAGUGGUCGGCUGCCGCCGGCGCGGUCCCUGGAGGAGCCGCAGACGGUGCCGGAGGUGCCGCCGUCGGCGGGCGGGGAGGGCGGCAGCAGCGCGCCGACCCCGCCGUCGCUGUCGCCGCUGGACGCGGAGAGCCAGGAGCGGCUGAAGGCGGAGCGCAAGCGGCUGCGGAACCGCAUCGCCGCCUCCAAGUGCCGCCGGCGGAAGCUGGAGCGCAUCGCCCGGCUGGAGGAGAAGGUAAAGGCGCUCAAAGGGCAGAACGCCGAGCUGGCCGCCACCGCCAACCUCCUCCGCGCCCAGGUCACCCAGCUGCAGGGCCGCGUCCGCAGCCACCUCUCCUCCGGCUGUCACAUCAAUGCCGCUGGGCACCCGCCGGCCCCCGCCGCCGCCGCCGUCCAGCCCCGGGAGGCACCCCCCGAGGCGGCCGCCGCGCCGGAGACCAGCGCCUGCUGAGGAGGGACGCCCCGCCGCCCGCCGGCCCCGGCCCCGGCCCCGGCCCGCCCGCCGCUGGCCGAGGUGUUCGUCCGCCGCCGUUCUUCUGUUGUUGUUAUUAAUGAUUAUCACUAUUAUUAUUUAUUUGCACCCGGAGAAGGCGGUUGCAGGAGCCGGGUGUUGCUAAGCAUCUCCCGAGAUCUGCCGACGUUGCACUCGGCAGCAAGGGUCUCCGUGGGUGGUUCUGGGACAGGUGGUUGGAUCUUUUUUCAGUGAAGUACUUGAGGUCUGUAGAGAUUUCGGAAAUUAAGGAAAGUCCUGUUUACAGAACGAUUCAACUUUAUUUUCAUGGGGGAUAUAAAAAGUGUGUUUCCUAAUACACCUUACUGAACUGUAUAGCAAUGGAUAAGCUUUUCAAACUUAAAAAAAAAAAAAAAAGCCAGAACCGUACUGUUUUGAAAAGAUGUGCGUGUAUAUAUAUAUAUUUAAAACAUAAUAUGGCUAUGUAUAUUUUCUUGGUAUUGAUAAAGAACUUUUUUUUUAAAAUACUGUCUUUCUCUAGAGCUUUAAUUUGCCAUUGAGAGUUAAGACAACUAUGUGGGUGCUCUUGCACUUGCACAGCUUCAGUUUUAAAAUUGAACCCCGGAGGGAAAUGAUUUUUGUUGUAAAUCUUAAGCAGGAUGAAAUGCAUUGCUGACAUAGUCAUAUGAAAAUACUUUUCUAAACUGCACGCUCCAUAUUUCUUGUGCCAGUGCAAACUUGGGGCAUUGAUAGUUAUUUAUUGAAACUUGAACACUUUUGGACGUUGCCUAGACCUUAUUUUUCUAGAUGACACGUUAGUAGAGAAAAUGGUUACUUUGGCAAGAAGAGCUUUACUUUUUUUUCCUUCACUGUGUACAUUCCAGUAGUGCUUGCUCUUUACGUAGUAUAGUAACAAUUCAGUGCUAUACAGAAAAGGGCUCAGGUAUGGGGUGGGUUAGCUAUAAAAGUGGUAAUUCUGUUGUAUUCUGUUUGAAUAAAUUGCAGAAAUAUUA